AUGGCAGUCCACCAGUGUUUUGUGCUGUUUGUUACUCUUCUAAUCUUGCCCUUUGCGCUUGCACAGUUAAAGAAAGAGGAGAGUUUAGACAGCAAAGUCCACCAGCUGAUGGAAUGGAACAGCAAGAAAUCUGUCAUCCGUUUGACCGGAGAUAAGUUCAAACUUUAUGUGAAGACACCACCAAAGAACUACUCCAUGGUGGUGAUGUUGACUGCCCUGCAGCCUCAGAGAGGCUGUUCAGUCUGCAAGCAGGCAAAUGAUGAAUUCCAAAUAGUUGCAAACUCCUGGAGAUACUCGCAGCAAUACUCAAACAAGCUUUUCUUUGCCAUGGUUGACUACGACGAGGGUUCUGAUGUCUUUCAAAGUAUGAAGUUGAACACAGCUCCUGUGUUCAUGCACUUCCCUGCAAAGGGCAAGCAAAAGAAGGGGGACACACUAGAUAUACACAGGGUUGGAUUUGCAGCUGAACAACUUACUAAAUGGAUCGGAGAAAGAACAGAUAUUCAGAUUCGUAUUUUCCGACCCCCGAACUAUUCAGGAACUGUUGCUUUGGCUCUGCUUUUUGCAAUGAUUGGAGGGUUGCUGUAUUUCAAACGCAACAAUCUGGAAUUUCUCUACAAUAAAACAUCAUGGAGCAUUCUUGCCUUGGCUGUGAUAUUUGCCAUGACCUCAGGUCAGAUGUGGAACCACAUUCGAGGUCCCCCGGUGAUGCACAGGAAUCCUACCACUGGUGAGAUGCACUAUAUCCAUGGAAGCAGCCAGGGACAGUUUAUCAUGGAGACCUACAUCGUCAUGUUGCUGAAUACUGCCAUCGUGGUGGGGUUCAUACUGCUGAAUGAGGCAGAAAGUAUAAAGACCGAUCCAGGAAAGAAAAAAGUUUUAUCCCUUGUGGGCCUUGGAUGUGUGACCAUCUUCUUUAGCCUGCUGCUGUCCAUCUUCAGAUCCAAGUACCAGGGCUACCCAUACAGCUUCCUGUUCAAGUAG